CCUCUCUGCCCACUGCAGUUGCCGAAAGGAAAGGGAAGGAAGGAGGUAAGACACGGACGAUGGUUUCGCUCAAGCUCCAGAAAAGGCUCGCCUCCAGCGUCCUCAAGUGCGGUCGCGGCAAGGUCUGGCUCGACCCCAAUGAAGUCAGCGAGAUCUCCAUGGCCAAUUCUCGCCAAAACAUAAGGAAGUUGGUCAAGGAUGGUUUCAUCAUCAGGAAGCCGACCAAGAUUCACUCUCGCUCUCGUGCACGUCGUAUGAAGGAGGCUAAGAGAAAGGGACGUCACUCUGGAUAUGGUAAGCGCAAGGGUACCAGGGAGGCAAGGCUUCCUACCAAGAUCCUCUGGAUGAGGAGGAUGCGGGUGCUCAGGCGGUUGCUUCGCAAGUACCGUGAAUCAAAGAAGAUUGACAAGCACAUGUACCAUGACAUGUACAUGAAGGUUAAGGGUAAUGUUUUCAAGAAUAAGAGAGUGCUGAUGGAGAGCAUUCACAAGUCAAAGGCUGAGAAGGCAAGAGAGAAGACUCUGUCUGAUCAAUUCGAGGCUAAGCGGGCAAAGAACAAGGCUAGCAGGGAGAGGAAGCACGCCAGGAGAGAGGAACGCUUGGCUCAGGGACCUCAAGAGAAAGCACCAGCACCCGCUGCCCCAGCUGCAGCUCAACCGACACAGGUAUCCAAGAAAUCAAAGAAGUGAGUGCUCUACGAGGAGAACUGAUGGAUUGAUGACUUGUUAUGGUCCAUUUGUGUCGACUUACUUUGCUAGAUUAGUUUUAACGAGCAAGUUUGUUCGUUUGUUUUGGACGUCAGUACUUUAUUUUCUAGUUGAAAGAGAUUUCAAAAUCGGCGUACUCUGUAUGAAGUUUAGUUUCUUUUAUCUAUUGAUCGGUUUUUGGUCC